GUUCAGGAUUCAAGCAGACCAACUACUGCGGCAAGUAGUUCACUGUCUUCUGUCGACCCAGAUGUAGAAGACCUGUACACAAAAUACAAGAAACUUCAGGCCCAACUUGAAUUUUUAAAAGUCCAGGAAGAAUACAUAAAGGAUGAGCAGAAGAAUCUUAAAAAAGAGUUACUACAUGCACAAGAAGAAGUAAAAAGAAUCCAGUCUGUUCCUUUGGUUAUCGGUCAGUUUCUUGAGGCUGUUGAUCAAAACACAGGAAUUGUUGGUUCUACUACAGGUAAGAAGUUAACUAAUUCCAAACCUCCAUAUCCGUCUUUGAAAAUGAAAAGUUUUAACCAAAGCGCAAACAUACAUAACACUAGCUUCUCUAACUCCAGGUGAAUGGCAAUGUUGAAAUUGUCUUCAUUAUCUCAGAAAGCUGUGAUUGAGUUUUGGGUGUUUUACUCUGAAUUACUAUAGCCUUACUUACAGUGAAACCUUCUAAAACAUUCCAAGAAAAAUAAAAUUUGAACUACAUGUAAUCCAAUAUUGAGUUCAAUUUUGGUUUAAAUGUCUUUGUCUAUAGCUGAAGAAUUGAAACAAAUAAUGAACUCAACUUUAAAAUAUUCAACUUUUAAAGUUUACUUCUCCAUGGAACAUAGAGUAGGUUUCUCUGUAAGUGGAUUAUUUCACAUUAGUUAUUAAUCUUUUGUUAUUGUUUCCCUCCAGGUUCCAAUUACUAUAUUCGCAUUCUCAGCACAAUUGAUCGAGAGCUGCUGAAACCAAGUGCCUCUGUAGCUCUUCACAAGCACUCUAAUGCUCUUGUUGAUGUCCUUCCCCCUGAAGCAGACAGUAGUAUAGCCAUGUUAACUGCUGAUGAAAAACCAAAUGUCGCUUACUCAGACAUAGGUGGGAUGGACAUUCAAAAGCAGGAAAUGCGAGAAGCGGUUGAACUUCCGCUGACACAUUUCGAGCUUUACAAGCAAAUUGGAAUUGACCCUCCAAGGGGUGUGUUGAUGUACGGUCCUCCAGGAUGCGGCAAGACCAUGUUAGCAAAAGCAGUGGCCCAUCACACCACAGCUGCUUUUAUUCGUGUUGUUGGUUCAGAGUUUGUUCAAAAGUAUCUUGGUGAAGGGCCAAGAAUGGUCCGUGAUGUGUUCCGUUUAGCUAAAGAAAAUGCUCCAGCUAUAAUAUUCAUUGAUGAGAUUGAUGCAAUCGCUACCAAGAGAUUUGAUGCCCAGACGGGAGGUGAGAAAAUUGAUAUCAUUAGCUUGUCACUAAAUGCAUUAUAUUUAAACUGUGUCAUCAGGGUGAAAAGAAAGCCACUGCCUUUCGGGUAAGCUGUAUCUAGCAUGCACUACAUGUAGCUCAAAAGUCAAUAAACUAAGCUGAAAAAAUUUUUAUGAGCAGGAUUGAUUACAGUUCUUUUGUAAUUUGAAUUCCCUACAAAACUUCACUUGUCUGUCAGCAAGUUAAGAACAGAAUUCACUAAUCCAAUGGCAAUGCACACUGGUCAUAAUCAUUUAAAUGUAAAGCAUUAUGACUUCCUUUUUACAGCCUGUCAAAACUGUGCAACCAUUUUUCAGAUGAGGUAAGGGAGGUUGAUUGAAACUUGUAUAAGACUUUUAAAAAAAAGUUGAAAUCUCUAGAUUAUCAUUUGUUAUUAUCAGAAUUGUAUUUGGGGAUAUAGGAAGUUCUUACAUGUAUGUUACACUUAUUUAAAAACGUUUAUUUUUAAUUUAAUAAGUGACAUGUAUUGUUUUUUUGUGUGUUUCCUUAGCUGACAGAGAGGUACAAAGAAUAUUGCUUGAGUUGCUAAAUCAGAUGGAUGGCUUUGAUCAGAAUGUUAAUGUUAAGGUACGGUACAGAUAGUGACAUUUAAUUAUUAUUUCCUUAGAUGGUAACCUCCAUUGCAUUAGAUCUUUCCACUCAGGUUUAACAAAGUUUACUGCUAACAUAAUGAACCCCAAUAAAAUACAAGGUACAACAAAUCCCAUUUUGGUUAAGUCAGAAGCCAAAUAUAAUGCACAAGUUAACAGUAAAUAUAACCUUCCUCUUGAAAGGUUUUCAUAUUGUGUUACUUUUACAAAGGGUUCUUAUAAAGUUUUAAAGUAGACAGGCUGCUAGGAUGUAAAAGUAGGUGGCUUGCCAAUUGAGUUUUGUAGGCAAUUUAAGGCUUUCACUCUUUUACUUUGCCAAGUAGCUGUUUUUUUAGCCGGCUGCCGGAACUUCAUAAUUCUUCCUGUUUAUACAGCAGAAACUUGUUUCAGUAUCGCUGUAUAUUAUUUGUAACUAAUUAUUAUUAUUAACUAUCAGGUCAUCAUGGCAACAAAUCGUCAUGACACUCUUGAUCCUGCCCUUCUUCGGCCUGGGCGCCUGGAUCGCAAGAUUGAGUUUCCCAUGCCUGACAGAAGACAAAAGCGCCUUAUCUUCUCUACAAUCACAGCAAAAAUGAACCUGUCAGAGGAAGUGGACCUGGAGGACUGUAUCCUUUCCGUUUUUAAUAGAAUACAACAGAGUCUUUAUUCUGUUCUGUCAUCGUUGGGUAAAACUUUGCUCAGCAGCUCUUUCAAUGGAGCAUGCUUUCAUGAUGUGAAAGCAGGAAGUCGUGGAAAAAUUUUUUGGGUGUACUAAUUUCCCUUGAAGUGAAGACAAGAUACAUGUAAUAGAGAUGUGGUAAACACAGCAACAAAAGCAUAGUUUUUUUUUGGUUAACUUUCAUGUUCAUGUACAGUCGAACUCCGCAAUUUCAAACUCAGUUAAUUCGAAGUAAUCACUAUUUUGAAGGAAGAUUGAAUUCCCUUGGAUUUACCCUCAUGUUUUCAGUUAUUUACUAUCAGCUAUUUCGAACUGGGUUAUUUCGAAUUCACCCCUAUUUCAAACUCAUCUUUCGUUCCCUGCACCUUAAAUCAACCCCGUUAUUUCAAACUUGUCAAAAACAGAGUACGUACAUAAGAGCACAGCUGGAAACAUAUCGCAUUUUAUUUGAGCUCGUGUUGCGUAAUCAAUGACUUAACAAUACUUGACUCACGUGCAGUGUCCCGCUAAGAAAUUCCAGCUUUGUUAUUCAAUUACAAAACAAAACGCACUGUUAGCGAACUAUUCUUCGGGCUGAAAUACUCAUGUAUGAAAUCUGGAUUACUGUAUUUUUAUUCAAUCAGUGUCUUUCUCCAUACUGUACUGUAUUUUAUUUAAAAAAUGAUUCAUUGUUACAAAUUUUAUGCUUCCCCAGUUAUUUUGAAACGCCGCCAUUUCGAACUUUUUUUCAUUUCCCUUGGGACUUCAAAAUAGCGGGUUUCAACUGUAUAUUAAUAUUUUAAGUCUUAAAGGGUGGGUGUAAAAGGUGCUGUAAGUUUUGAGUGAAAACGUCUUGCAAAGAUUUCAAGAAAGAUAAUUUUCUAGCCUUACAUAGCCUUCAAGCACAGACUUGUACCGCUUUGCCACUUUUAAAAAAGUAAUAUAUGAAAUGUGGCAACUGUGGAAGACAUGUUGUGCUUGUUACUGGAAGCUUAUUUUUUGAAAAUGCUGAUGUUGGACCAAUUGUCAAGUGCAGCAUACAAAAAAAAAUAUCCUUAACUCAUUUGAUAACAGAUGUUGCAAGACCAGACAAAAUCAGUGGUGCUGACAUCAAUGCCAUUUGUCAAGAGGUAAAUAUUUAGAGCAGCACUUUGUUUGAGAAAUGCACACAAAGCUGUUUCCACUUAAAAUGUAGGUUAUGUGAGGUUUUACUCAUUGUGCCUUCUCAACUUUGCUCCUACAUGUUGUAGUUGACAAUGUUCUGAUCUUUGUUUAUUUGUCUUGAAGAUAAGAUGAGUAACAUUCCUUUCUGCCUUGUUUUGUUUUUAGGCUGGAAUGCAGGCUGUCAGGGAAAAUCGAUACGUCAUUCUGGCUAAAGAUUUUGAGAAAGGGUACAAAAACAAUGUCAAGAAAGAUGAACAAGAGCACGAGUUUUAUAAGUAG